AUGGCAGCCUGUGUGAAGACCAAUAAAUCCCACGUCAUCUUCAAGAAGGUCUCUCGGGACAAGUCGGUGACCAUCUACCUGGGGAAGAGAGACUAUAUAGACCAUGUCAGCCAAGUAGAGCCUGUAGAUGGUGUUGUGUUGGUGGAUCCUGAGCUCGUGAAGGGGAAGAAAGUGUAUGUCACCCUGACCUGCGCCUUCCGCUAUGGGCAAGAGGACAUUGAUGUGAUUGGCCUGACCUUCCGCAGGGACCUGUAUUUUUCUCGGGUCCAGGUAUACCCUCCUGUUGGGGCCCUGAGUGCCCUCACCCAACUCCAGGAGAGCCUGCUCAAGAAAUUGGGAGACAACACAUACCCAUUUCUGCUCACGUUUCCUGACUACCUACCCUGUUCAGUGAUGUUGCAGCCAGCUCCACAAGACGUAGGAAAGAGCUGUGGGGUUGACUUUGAGGUUAAAGCUUUUGCCACAGACAUCACAGAUCCUGAGGAGGACAAGAUCCCCAAGAAGAGCUCCGUACGGCUGCUGAUCCGGAAAGUGCAGCAUGCCCCACCCGAGAUGGGUCCCCAGCCCUGUGCUGAAGCCUCCUGGCAGUUCUUCAUGUCUGACAAGCCCCUGAACCUCUCAGUCUCCCUCAGCAAAGAGAUAUAUUUCCAUGGGGAACCCAUCCCUGUGACCGUGACUGUGACCAAUAACACCGAGAAGGUUGUGAAGAAGAUUAAAGUAUCAGUGGAACAAAUAGCCAAUGUGGUUCUCUACUCAAGUGAUUAUUACGUCAAGCCUGUGGCCUCAGAGGAAACACAAGAAAAAGUGCAGCCAAACAGCACUUUGACCAAGACACUGGUGCUAGUGCCCCUGCUGGCUAACAACAGAGAAAGAAGAGGCAUCGCAUUGGAUGGGAAGAUCAAACAUGAGGACACAAACCUGGCCUCCAGCACCAUCAUCAAGGAGGGCAUUGACCGGACCGUCAUGGGCAUCCUGGUGUCAUACCAUAUCAAAGUGAAGCUCACCGUGUCAGGCUUCCUCGGAGAGCUCACGUCCAGCGAAGUGGCUACUGAGGUGCCGUUCCGUCUCAUGCAUCCGCAGCCUGAGGACCCAGCAAAAGAAAGUGUUCAGGAUGAAAAUUUGGUUUUUGAGGAGUUUGCUCGCCAAAAUCUGAAAGAUACUGGAGAGAACACAGAAGGGAAGAAAGAUGAGGACCCAGGCCAGGACUAGUGAAGACUUAGCCUAGAUGCCUAGAAACUUGUAGUUUCUAGCACUUGUAGUUCUGGGCGCCUUGAGGGAAGGCCCCGGUAACCUUUCAGAGUUAUGUAGCUAUGAAAGCAUGAACAUCCCUCCCAGAAAUAAAG